AUGUAUGGUGGUUCACCACGACAUCAUGCUUUUGAAACACCAUAUGCUUAUCGCUCACUCCAUCGACAACGAUUUUUUCAACGACCACAGUCACUUGGUCCAUCUUCUCUUCCUGAAACUGUUCGUCUUGAACCACGAGAUCUUAGUUAUUUCCGACGUCCAGUACAUGAAGCAGAAGUUAAUAUAUGGCAUGAACCAGAUUCUAAACCAAUAUUUACAUUUUUGCUACGACCACGUCUUAUUCAAGAAGGCAUUGGUUGUAAAUUGAUUUGCUGCGCUAAUGGUAAACCUCAACCAAAGGUACAAUGGUUUAAAGAUCGUACUCAAAUUGGCGAGAACGAUACACAUUAUUUGACAUCAUAUGUUCAUGGUGUUUGUACCUUAGAGAUUACAGCAUGUGAAACAGCGGAUAGUGCAACAUUUCGUUGUACUGCUACAAAUCCCUUAGGUUCUGAUGAAACAUCUUGUUUGAUUCAUGUUGAAGAAGUACGUCGAACACGACGUGCUCACUCAGUUCAACCAGGUGAAGGAGACACAUCACGUGGUGGAAGUCGAGCACGUUCACCAUCGCCUGUUCGUACAAGGGGUGGAGAUUCAAGUUGGCGUGAUAAAUUAGGUGCUGGUAGUAAACCUGCACGUGAUACACUUGACGUCGAAAAACCGAAACGUAAAGAACGACGAGACCCACCAAAAUUUACUGAUCAACUUGUUGAUGCUACUGUUUUUGAAGGUGCCACAACUAAAUUUCGCUGUGAAGUUAAAGGCAAACCAUCACCUAAGAUUGAAUGGUUGAAGAAUGGCGAGACUGUACAAGUUGAAGCUCGUAUUCAACAAACAUAUGAUGAUGAUUUAGCAACAUUAGUCAUCAAAAAAGUUAAAUUAGAUGAUAAUGGAGAAUAUAUUUGUCGAGCUACAAAUGAUGAAGGUUCGGAUACAUCAAGUGCACAGCUUACUGUCAAAGCUCAUGUUGUCGGUGAAAAUGAAGAAGAAUAUGCUGCAACAUUAGCUCAAGAAGAUGAAACAGCUGUUCAAGCAGCACCACAAGGAGCAACUGAAGAAACUACUGCUGCUGCUCCUGCUGUUGAACCAACAGAAGGUGCUGCUAGUGAAACAGCAGCUAAACUUGAAGAAAAACUUCCAUCAGAAGUUGUUGCUGAAGCUGCAGAAGGUGCUACUACUUCAACAGAAGCAGCAUCAGCCGAAGCACCAGUUAGUACUGAAGCUGCUCCUGCUCCAGCAGCAGAAACAGCUCCAGCAGCAGAAGCAGCUCCAGCAGCUGAACCAGCCCCAGCUGCUGAACCAGCUCCAGCUGCUGAACCAACUCCUGCACCAGAGCCAGCACCUGAACCUGCUAAACCAGCUGCUGGUAAAACUGCACCUGGUAAAAAACCAGCAACACCAGCUGCACCUGAAAAGAAACCAGCUGGAGCUGCUGCUUUGAAAAAACCUGAACCAGCUAAGAAACCUGAAGAAAAGAAAGAAGCUGCUGCACCAGCUGGUAAAAAACCUGUCGAGGAUAAAACAAAAAAACCAGCUGCAGAUGAAAAGAAAAAGACAGAAGAAGCUAAACCAAAAGCUGCUGAAGCAGCAGCACCACCUGCUGAACCUGAACAGAAGAAAGAAGAAGCUGAACCAAAGAAAAAAGACGAAGAAGAAGCAAAAGAAAAAACAGCUGAAGCCAAAGCAAAAUUUGUUAAACAUAUUAAAUCUCAAAAUUUAAUGGAAGGUGAUCCAUUAACACUUGAUUGUGGUAUUUCAGGUGGUGGUGAAGAAGUUAAUGUAACAUGGUUACGAAAUAAUAAAGAAAUACCAGAAAAUCCAGAUUUUCGACGUGAACAUGAUGGAAAUAUAUUUAAAUUAGUCGUUACUGAAGUAUUUCCUGAAGAUUCAGGUGUCUUUUCAGCUUUAUUAAAAAAUGUACCAACAGCUACUCCACGUGUUUCAUCUUGCUCAGUCAUCAUUCAAGCACGCGAUGAAGAACCACUCGAUCCAUGCUUUAGUCAAUUUCCACAAAGUAUUGGUGUAGAAGAAGGUCGUAAAGCGAAAUUUUCAUGCACAUUAACAGGUUCAACACCAAUGUCAGCUGAUUGGAAUUUGAAUGGUAAACCACUUGAUCGUAAAUCAAGUCGAUUUGCAUUUACGGAUAGUGAAAAGGAAUUUUCAUUUGAAAUUCCUGUUGUUUUGGCAACUGAUGAAGGUCAAUAUCAUGUUACUAUUUCGAAUGAUAAAGGAGAAAUAACUGCUGCAUUCAGUUUACAUGUUGAUGAAUCGUGA